AUGGGUAUGAUAGCGCUGCACUGUGUUCCAGAAUUUUCAUUAGAUGAACCAAAUAUUUCUUUAGAAGAGAAUUUCUUAACUGUCAAGUUUGAUUUCCUUCCUGCACCACAUGGGAGAGGAUCUUCUGGAGAAGAUGGGUCCUUAGCUGUAGACUACUUUACAUUUUCUCCAAGCAUUGCAGAUUAUCUAAGAUCAGCAUCUCUUGUUAUCAGCCAUGCAGGGUCAGGAAGCAUAUUUGAGACACUAAGGUUGAGAAAACCAUUAAUUGUGGUAGUUAAUGAGGAUUUGAUGGACAAUCAUCAGAGUGAGUUGGCUGAAGAACUUGCAAAGAGGAAACAUCUACUUUGUGCUCGCCCCCAAAUGCUCUACCCAACUAUUGCAGACAUGAUACUCGACUCUCUUGUUUCUUACCCACAAGGAGAUGCUACCCCAGUUUCGAAUAUCAUAAACAGAUUUUUAGGAUUCCCCGAUGAUUAAUCUAACUGCUAAGUUAAUGUUUGGCAGAGGUAUAAGUUUGUGGUCUUGAUUUGGUUUAUCAGCUGUUUCAUUUGGGCAGCUAUUUGCAUUAUUUUGCUAUGCAUGAUGUUGUUAGUUUACUUUGACUUGAGCUUUAGAGGAGCUUAAAAGAUCAGAAAUUUAGUGAAGAACAGAGUAUCCGUUGAUUUGCGGGUUCCUGUUGGAUGAGCCUGCAAAUUCCUUAAGUAGAGAUCUCUAUACGAAGGCUUCUAUCCAUAUCUUUUUCUUGGAAAAUUAAAUUUACUUAGGCUGUGUUUGCUUCUAUCCAUCAUUUGUAUUUUUUUUUUCUUCCGGUUGAACAUGACUGAGUAAGAAAAAAAUAAAAUAAAAAUCCUGCACAAGAUGAUGAUGGAGUCCUCCAUGGGUGCCAAGAAUACCAAUGGGCCAAAAUGCCAACAUUAUUUUAGUAAGACAUCCUGGAUUUUGAAA